UUUGUUGACAUUUGACACAAGUACUGUCAGUAGUGGCCGGAGGCUGCAUAAAAUGGUGUAUAUGAUGACACAGGAGCCGGCUGGUGAUCAACUCAUCCUGGCGACCGGUGGCUACGACCACACGAUAAAGCUGUGGCAAGCGCACACGGGCAACUGCAUCAGGACCAUGCAGCAUGAAGAAUCACAAGUCAAUUGCCUGGACCGUACCCCUGACAAACUAAUGCUUGCUGCCGGGGGAUACCAAUGCAUUCGCCUCUACGACAUGACCUCGAACUCGAGCAGUCCAAUCAUCAAUUUCGAAGGAAUCACAAAGAAUAUCACGCGGCUGGGGUUCCAGGAAGACGGCAAGUGGAUGUUUACGAGCGGCGAAGACUGCAAAGUGCGCAUUUGGGACAUGAGUUCAGCCAAUCCGCAAUGCAAGCGCAUGUUCGACUGCCCGACACCCAUCAACUCCGCCUGCUUACAUCCUAAUCAGGUGGAAAUGGCGAUUGGAUCGCAAGGCGGCGGUGUGUACUUGUGGGACGUGAAGUCCGACGUGCACGAACAACUCAUCCCCGAAGUGGACGCAUCCGUGCAAGACAUAACCAUCAGUCCGAAUGGGAUGUACAUGGCAGCGGUGAACAACAAAGGCAACUGCUACGUUUGGAGCUUGUCCAGUUCCAGCGAUCAACAGCUCAGCAUUGUCGAGCCCAAGAUGAAGAUCCCCGCGCAUAAGCGAUACGCCCUCAGGUGUAAGUUCAGCCCAGAUUCCAGUCUUUUGGUCACAACGUCUGGCGACGGGACCGCGCGCAUUUGGAAUGUUGGCCAGUUUGAUCUGUACCGGGAGCUGAAACUCGAUCGAUGGGUAUGGGACGCAGCUUUCAGUGCUGACUCCAAAUAUCUGUUCACGGCCUCGUCGGAUUCGAUAGCGAGACUAUGGAAGCUGGACAAGUCCGAGAUCGAGAGGGAGUACAUGGGCCAUCAGAAGGCCAUCACCGCUCUGUCGUUUAAGGAUGAAAUAGUGUCGUAGGUUAGCUUUGUCGUUUGUUGAGAUUUCCGCUGUUAGUUUUAAGGUGCUUUUUACAUAAAAUAGAAAUCUGUGAACUAA